AUGGAAUUACCGUUAAAUGGUACACCUAGCCCUAAACCAAGUAUAGAAAUAGAUGAGGAUUUAGAGUGUUUAGAAUUAACUGAAGAUAUUAAAAAUUUUACUGAAAUCAAAUCUUCUCAAUCAAAUAUGACGAAUUUCAAAAAUAAUUCAUUAGUUAAUAUUAAUAAUUCUAGAUUUAAAUCAAGUAAAGAGAGAGAUGAGGAUUUAGAGGAUUUAGAAAUAACUUAUUUUUAUAAGAAUAAUAAUGAAAGCAGUUCAAGUUUGCGAAGUAAUAAAUCACUUCCAAGCAUAACAGAUUUUUUAAAAACCACUUAUUAG